GUCGGACGCAGCACCGGAGUAACAUGCCGGUCCGACAGAAUCAUGGACUUUUGGUCUCGUCUAAUCGGGGGCUCGCGCUCGCUGUCUACUAAGAGCUUUCGAGCCACCACGCCCACCGAGCGAUUGGCAUCGUUCAAACGGACCUGCAACACCCUCCAGCAAAUAUGGCGCUCCAGCAAUUCCCCCACGGGGGAACAAUCCGCGACAGUGAACGCGCGCAAUAGCAUCGACCGACUGAUCACGGUGCUGAGCGACGAAUCCCGGGGCCCGGCACCGCACCCCUGUCUCGCGUAUGCCUCGUCCUCGCAGAUCUUCGUGACGGUGACGAAGCUGGCCCUCUCCUCCUAUGACGACAACAUGCUCCGCUCCGCCACCGUCCUCUUCAACACCCUCAUCGACUCCGAAGUCGACGGCGUCGUCGAUAACCGCCUCUUCGCCCGCGCCCUGGUCGACCUGGUCCGCCGCGCAGACAAACACUCUGAGGAUGUGGAGGGCCGGCUCGUCGAGCUGCUGUUCGGCGUGGCGAACAAUAUUCGUCUGCAGCCGAAUAUUCUCCCCGCGUGGUUUGCUCCGCGGUCGGAGGACCAGGAUCGCGAACAGCAGGGGGGGAAUACCGGGGCGGAGUUCGCGGGGGCUAUGAGAAAGGAUGAUUUCCCGUUGUUUUAUCUGCUGGUUGAGUAUGUGCAUCAUGCUGGGCGGGCGGGGGAUUUCGCUCGGACGGGUUUGCUGUAUUUGAUUGAGACGGCGUCGAGGUCGAAGAAUCUGGAGCGGUGGUUGAUCGAGAGUGAUCUGGCUACGUUGAUGGCGACGGGGCUGGGGGCGUUGUAUAGUCAGUUGGGGAGCUUGACGUUUCAGGAGAAUACCGACGAGACCAUUCCGCAUAUCAUUGCGCUGUCGGACCAUGCGCGCCAGGAUACGGCUCUUCCGCCUUUGCUGGGCGCGUCCAUGGACUCGUUCAUGUCGUAUCUCCUGUUCUGGCAGGAUACCAUUGAUCAUUGCAAGUCGGCGGAGGUGAAUGGCACGCUGUUGGAUCAUUUUCAGGUCUUGUUCCUGGAACAGCUUCUGUAUCCGUCUUUGCUGGAGUCGUCUGAUGUGCAGGGCGGCUCGACGGCCGCGGUUCUUACCUACCUAUAUCGCAUCCUGGAGUUGGUAGAGCAGGAAGACUUGGUUCACCGUAUACUGAACUUCCUGCUUGCUUCGCCGUCGGAUUCUGGGCCGAAGAAAACACACAUGUCUUCGAGCCGGCGAAAGUCGCUGGAUGUUUUGGCUGCCUUUUCGGAGGAGGCUGCGAGACCGUCGCCGUCCCUGUUCAACCUGAGAGACCUCGCCUUGCUGGGACUCCAGUCGGUGAACAGACAGACCAUUCUGGCGACGCUGCGGCUGAUGAGCAUUCUGCUGCAACGACACCAUUCGUUCGCCCGGUCGUUGAUACGCACUAUCCCCGGCCAGCCUGCCAAGCAGCGCACCGUAGGGGCACUGAAUGUGGAGCUGGGCCAGCUGAUGAACAUGGCCACAUCCAUUGUCAAUGAUCCUACCCUGGAUGAGUCGUACGACAACUACCUCAAGGAUGGGAUGGUGAUCCUCGAGGCCCGCCUGUGCACUCCGGCCGAUGACGACCCGGAGGAGAACCUGCCGCUGGAGCUGCGACACGACGACCCCAUCGUGCGCGAGCUGUUGAACUGCCUGCAAAACUUCUUCACGAACAGCGUCAUCGUCAACCUGGCAUUGACCGAAGUCCUCGGGAGCAUCGCCUCGUCCCACCUCAUCUCCCUCGACGGCUGGCUUCUCGUGGACCCGUCCAAGUACAUCUACAGCACACCCACCGCCACCGAAACCCCCUCGAGCCACCUCCUCGAGCAGAUCCAGCUCGCCUACGAGGAACCCUCCUGGUCCAGCACAGACACGCCGGCGCUCACCCGCGUCCUCCAGACACUCGUGCAGCAGAUCCAAAAGUGGCGCCAGGAGGUUCCCGACUUCGACAUUCUCGUGGCCGCGCGUCGCGACCUGCUCCACCAGGACGACGAGCCCAAAGCCUCCAGCCGCUCCCAACGCACCUCCGAGCCUCCCACCCGCUCUCCCUCCCAGCGCCCAAGCCCCCGUCUGGACACCGACUACGGAUCGCCCCGCGGCCGCCCCCUCGACCUCUCCAUCUCCAACACCCCCUCCUCUCCCAUCCGCGAUACCCUCAGCUCGCCCCCGCGCGACCUCCCCUUCCGGCCCCCGCGCGACCGCUCCUCGGCGCGCCGAACCGCCGCCAACGAACUCCGCCAGCGUCUGGAGCAGCCGUUCUCCAUCGGCGCGCCCAGCGAGCAUGCCUCACCCGAGACCGACAACAACUCAGACGACCAAGCCGACGACGCAGGCGACUCCGCCAUCGUGGACGAGGAACCCCGCAUUGCUACCCUGGGCCAUGUGCUCACCAACGUGGUCAUCCUGUACGAGUUCCUCCUGGAGACGUCGGCUGUCGUCCAGGCGAGGGGGACGUUGUUCGAGGAGGCGGGAUAUCCUGCCAUGGCAAAACCAGACCGUCUCCUCCCAGACAACAUUCAACCAUUCCACUACGACCUCACCCUGGAGCCCGAUCUCGAGACCUUUGAAUUCCACGGCGAAGUCGCCAUCGGGUACGUCCGACUCUGACUGACCCUGCUAUCCC